GCGGGGAGGGAGAAUCCCCACAGGACCGGGCAGAAAAGAUGCUGGCCGGCGGGAGGGCAACGAACUGAUGCUUAGAUGUGAUGGGGGGAGGCUUCGUUGGAUUUUCGUUUCUGUCUUGUUGUUUUUAUUUUUUGGAGGGAGACUGAUGGCGAGGAUGUUAAAGGCGCUUUCUCCUUGUGGGGGGUGGGAGCGAUCGGUUCGCCACCUUCCUGGCAGUAUUCCUUUUGGGUUGAAGGAAGAGGAAUAAACGUCACCCAUGGGUACAGCUUUGUAGAUUAGGGACCCAACACGACCGAACGGAAAUGCUUUCAAACCAUGAUGAAUAAAAUUGAGAAUGUGGAGAUGGGAAAUUGCCUUAAGCUUCCUACCCAGCCUAGUAAUGUCAGCUCUGGGAGGCAGCCUCUGACCCAGGCUUUCAGGAUACUUUCUACUUAGUUUUGCCUCGCAUUCCUUGGUGUUUUCCUAUCCAAACUCUAACCAGGCCAGAUUUGCUUAAUUUCUGAAACCAGGAGGACACACCUCUGAAGCACAAGAUUCAAGGGUGGAUAAUCUCUGUUCAACAAUGAUGAAUGCAGAUAUGGAUGCUGUUGAGGCUGAAAAUCAAGUGGAACUGGAAGAAAAAACACGGCUCAUUAACCAAGUUUUAGAACUGCAGCAUACACUUGAAGAUCUGUCUGCAAGAGUAGAUGCGGUUAAAGAAGAAAAUUUAAAACUGAAAUCAGAAAAUCAAGUUCUUGGACAAUAUAUAGAAAAUCUCAUGUCUGCUUCUAGUGUUUUUCAGACUACUGACACAAAAAGCAAGCGAAAGUGAGGCAUUGAUAAACAAAUGUUAACACUGUAUUGCUGCUGUCUUGGUUUAAUUUUUAAUUGCAUAUGUUACAUUACUAAGUACUCUAAUUAGCAGCAUAAUUGAAUAUUUGAAGAUUUAAUGGCAGUUAUAGACAGUUUAACCUUUUUAAUGAACAGCUGGAUAAUGCACAUCUGUAGUAUUAGCUUUCAGCAAUGUGCAAAGGUAGAGGAAAUAUUUAUUACAAUAUGAAGACAAGUGCUUUCAAAUUCAGUCUGGUUUUUAUGUUUGAUAUGUCAUACACUGCCAACUACUUUAAAUAUUGCAGUUUUUACAGUGGUACUAUUCACUAGCAAAAUAAUACAGUGUUGUAUAGAGUGGCGUGAAAAUCCUUUUUUGGAGUGAGUUAUUUGCAUGAUGUUCCCAAACCCAUCUCUACCACUCCAUUUUUCUUAGUGCUGUUUAAAAUUCUUCCAAAUAGGCAAAUAGCUUAGCUUUAAAGCAAGUUAAGGGUUUAGUUAUGUAACAUGAUUGCUCACAUGAUUGUAAAGUGGAAAAAAGUACUGUAUAUAAGCUGAGACACAACUCUUUCAACUUGAUAAACUAACUUUUUAAAAACUCCCGCUUUAAAGAUUGUUGCACAGAAAUUGAGAAAAUACUAGGUCUUGCAGGGUUUUGAGUGUCCUUUCUGCUUUAUUGAAAUUACCUGCAUGGCAAUAAUAUGUUUGCUGGGUGUAAUGGUCAUAAGUGAUACAAGCUUAACAGAAAUGUUUUGAACGUAUCUUAAGUAUCCUGAAGAAUUUUAAUUGAAGAUGAGCACAUUCUGUAAUUCUUUUUCUGUUCCAGUCCCAUCAACUGAUGUUAGCCUUUAGCUGCUACAAGUAUUUUUACCUUCCAGGAUCAGAAUAAAGUUAAAAUCUUCAAAGUGUUAGGCAUGCUUUGGUAAAGAAAUAUUAGCACUUUUGUAGCAUAGGUGCCUAAUACUGCUAAACCCACUGGAUGUUGUUCAGUUAGUUCAGCCUCAACAAGACUGCAUGGAUAUGCUAACAUAUAGGAAGCAUAUUGAUUGCAUGCAUCUAUUGUUACAGCCUCACAUUCCUGAAUAUAAAAAUUAUGGAAGAUAGACAAUUUUUGGCAACUCCAUAGAUCUAGUUUUGAUAUUACACAGCCAGUAGAAGCUGGAGGUCACAGCAAAACAGUAUUAUCAUCAGUGCAAAUCAAUCUGUGGGUUCCAACUGCCAAUAUUAUAUCUUAUUAAACUUACUUGUCACUGUAUGUAAGAAAUAGGGAAACCAUCCUUUUGAAUACUAGAUUAUUGGCAAUGUAAUAGAUUUUUAAAAAAUAACAUCAAACCUUUCUCUCAGAUUGCAGGGGUUUAGAUAGUUGGCAAAGGGAAUGAGUUAAUUGCAGCAUCAAGACAGGGUACAUUUAAAUAGAUCAGUGUGAUGACUACUCUAGAGAAAGUGUCUUUCCAACUUUAGACUUCCAGAGAACUACUGUAUUUAGUCAGACAGGAAGUUUUUGUAUAUGUGACAUGGACUCUGUUCAAUAAACACUGGCCAUGUUUGUAUUACAUGCUUGAUGGGACACAGUAAGUCUAACUGGUGACUUUUCCAGCUCUCUCUCGAGUGCUUCUGUAGCCCACAUGCAAUGGUCUUGCUUGACCACAUGUAGCUGUUUUGCAGGGAAAUUUUUAGCAGAGGUGGGUAAGCUGUCCUUCAGUGAUGUUUAUCCUUUUCAUGGAGAAAACCCUAAUAUCAAUUAGAACAAGGUUGGGAAACCAGUGGCCAUCCAGAUGUUUUUGAUCACAGCUGUCAUAAUCUCUUAUGUUGGCCAUGCUGGCUGGGGCUGCUGGAAGCUGAAGCCAUAAAUGUGCAAAGCUUUCAGAUCCAUGCAUUAAAAAUACUGUAGUCUGAAAAGCACUGCUUUGGAGAUCUGCUUAAAUUAAAAACUCUUCAGGAUCCAAGUACCUGGUACUGGUUAUCUCUUUGAGAACUGCUCAUUCCUGCUAGUGAGUUGUGAAAAUUGAGUUGAAGGUUGGAUUUGGGCAUCAGAUCCUUGAGUGGACAAAUAUCCCCUUGUUUCAGCUGAGUUUGAGAAUUAAACUGUCCCUGUAGCAGUUUUCCUCUUUUUACCUCUGUCUCCUUCCUAAGUUGAAAGAAUUACGGCAUAGAAACUAAAUACCUGUUUUCAAGUUCUUUCUUUGCUCUUGGCAAUAAAUGCCUCUGAGCAUGUUUUGUGCCACUGUUGCAAACAGUUAUUCUGGAUAUAUAUUUUUCCUGGUUGCUGAAUUAGUUGCACUUAUUUUUUUCCUUUCUUCACCAGAACAGAGUAACCUGGGGAAGGGAAGGGCAAGAAACAGGGGAAGGUGUGUAAAAACGCUAGACUUUAUGCAUGACAAAACAGGAAAGGAAAACCUUCACGUCAGAAACUGUGACAUGCUGUUCUGUUCAUUGGGGUAUGUGGGUUUUUAAAUGGCCAGUUUUUUUAAGUUGAUGUUUCAUAGACUGAUGGAAUAUUAAGAAGCAGGGGGUGUUGGUGCUUUUAAUUUUAAAAUUCUUCACCAGAAGAUGGGUUUUGCACAUUAUUUUUGCAAGGUAGCUGGGGGUUUAGUCAAACACAAGAGAUUAUUUGGCAUCUACCCACCUGUAGUUUGUUGCAUUUCCUGUUCAACAGUGAAUUAUACGAUUAGAAGUGGAGGUGCCAUCCUGCAACAAUGGGGUUGAUUAACAUAGUACUGAAUUUUGUGUCCAGAUAGAAUUGUUACUGUGAAAAAUCCCACUCCUGUGGCCUUUGUUCAACUAAGAAUUGUGCUGUUGUUUCAAAUUUACACUAAAUAAAGGUUCCCAAAUUUUUC